AUGGCUGCGUUGACUGCAGAAAACUUUGGGGCGCUCCAGAGCCUGCUGAAGGCUUCCUCAAAAGACAUUGUCAGACAACUAUGCCAACAGAGCUUUUCCAGUUCAGCCCUCGGCUCGAAAGAACUGCUGGAUACCACGUGCUCCAGCUUGUCGGUGACCCAGGAGGAGGCAGAGCAACUGCUCCAGGCCCUGCACCGCCUCACCAGGCUGGCGGCGUUCCGGGACCUGUCCACCCCCGAGGCCGUGCUGGCUCUCUUUCCUGCAAAUUUCCACCAGAACCUCAAAAACCUGCUGACAAAAAUCAUCCUAGAAAACAUAUCUACAUGGCGAGCAGAAGCCCAGGCUAACCUGAUCUCUCUGCCGCGCCUGGUGGACCUGGACUGGAGAGUGGACAUCAAAACCGCCUCCGACAGCAUCAGCCGCAUGGUGGUGCCCACCUGCCUGCUCCAGAUGAAGAUCAAGGAAGACCCCAGUCUGUGCGGGGACCGCCCCUCUGUCUCCGCCGUCACCAUGGAGCUGAGCAAGGAAACGCUGGACACUAUGUUAGACGGGCUGGGCCGCAUCCGGGACCAGCUUUCUGCCGUGGCCAACAAAUGA